AUGUCCAAUGUUGGCCAAGCAUUGCCAGCAACACCAUACAAUCCUUAUGCAGAUGACCCAACCGGACUCGCCGGCUCAAGUGCCGCAUUUUUCCAGCAUCAAAAUGCAUAUACUGCUCCUCUUCAGCCGCUUCAAUACCACCUCUAUGCGCCCGUGGGGCCUUACAGGGAAGAUUUGCUCCCUUUUCAGAGACAAGUCCAUGACUUUUUCCUUCCUGACAAGCUCCGUGAAGAUAUGCAACGCAAAUCCGAAGCCUUGCAACAAGUCAUGCCAAACUCUACGCUACCACCUUUAGAUAACUACUUCUCAUUGGUUCCUUUGGAUACUAGCCACCGAAAGAGCUCCAGCGUCUUUGGGUACACAACUUGGGUGUACAAGGCGACGUCUUCGAAGAACGGCAGAACUUAUUGUCUCCGAAGACUUGAAGGCUUCCGGUUGACGAAUGAGCACGCCAUUCGCUCAGUCAAAGAAUGGCGGCGACUGAACAACGGCAACGUGGUGACAAUCCAUGACGCUUUUACCACUCGAGCAUUUGGUGACAGCUCUCUGUUUUUCGUGCAAGACUACCACCCUCUUUCGAAGACCCUUGCGGAGCUGCACUUUCCCCACGCUGGUACGGCCCACGCCAACCGGUUCGCCGCAAAAACACCCAUUGCAGAAAGUGUGUUGUGGGGUUACGUCUCACAAAUAGCCAACGCUUUGAAAGCCAUCCAUGCCCUGAACCUUGCCGCUCGAUGUCUCGAUAUGAGUAAGAUCAUAGUCACUGACAAGAACCGCAUUCGUCUGGGGGCCUGCUCUAUUUUGGAUGUCGUGCAUUUCGAAGCCCGCCGUCCAGUCCAAGAGCUACAGCAAGAGGAUCUGAUUCAUUUUGGCAGACUGAUACUGUCGCUGGCGACUAACACGCCGCCAAACCAGCUGACUAACCUGCCACCGAGUCAGCUCAAGGGUCUGAUCGAACAAAUGAGCCGGGCCUACUCGAAAGAAAUAACCGAUACCGUAUUGUGGCUUCUGACACCAGCACCUCAAGGCGCGACGCCGAAGGGAAUCGAAGAGUUUGUGAGGGGCAUAGCAGUUCAUAUGGUUGCCACACUGGAUGCUAGCCUGCAUGAAGCCGACACACUCAAGUCGGAGCUUUUCAGGGAGUUGGAGAAUGGCCGUUUGGUACGUCUUAUGGUCAAGCUGGGCGCCGUCAAUGAACGGCAGGAGUUUGACGGCGACAGGGCAUGGUCGGAAAAUGGCGAAAGAUACAUGUUGAAAUUAUUCCGCGACUAUGUCUUCCACCAGGUCGAUGCCAAUGGCAAUCCGGUUGUGGAUAUGGGCCACAUCAUUCGAUGCCUCAACAGACUGGAUGCCGGUAGCGACGACAGGAUCUGCCUUACGAGCCGAGACGAACAAACUAGCUUCGUGGUCAGCUAUAAGGAGCUGAAGAAGCAGCUCGGCAACGCGUUUGGAGAGCUGCUCAAGGCAGGAAAAACGUCAGCGGCAAGAGGAUUCCAGGGCUCGUCCCACUAG